UUCAUCAAAUAGCUAGGACAAAUUGUUGAAUAUGAAUAAGAAAUAUAUUUGUAGUGAUUGUCAAAUUGCCAGCAGUGUUUAAUAAUAUAAAAAAAGAAAAACAAAUAUGGUGAAAAAUAUUGGUGCAUUUUUUUUAUUUAUAAAAAUAAAUAUUACAAAAAUAGUAAAAUAACUCGGUUUUUAAUUUCAAAAAGCAAAAUGCGUAGGCGAAAUUUUAGUGAAUUUUUGUUAGUUUGCAAUUUUCUGUUUGUGACUAUAAAUUGUCAGGAAUGGCCAUCGCCUGGUUUCAAAGAACCUCCAACAGACAAGGAAAUUAUUUCUUGGGAAUAUUUGAAGGAGGCUAAUAUGGCUGUGAUCGGAUUAAAUGAAGAAGCCGAUCAUAAUGUAACAAUUGCUGUAUUUAAUUACGAAGGAACCGAAGAACCACAGAUAAAUAAAUUUGAAAAUAGUGUUGAGAAUAAUGAAAAUCUUGGAGCUGAAUUUGUGAAAAAUAAUAAUGGAAUUUGGGAAAUAGUGAUCACUAAGAAACAAGAUUACGAAACACAAGUGAUGAGAUCAUACACAAUGACAGUGAUAAUUCCAUUGAUAGCAAACAGUUAUAAAGUAAGAAUAGUUGUGAUCAAUAUCGAUGACAAUGCACCUGUUAUUCAAGCGAAUGAGAAGCAGUGUUCGAUCGAGGAAAAUUAUGUGGGACUGUCAAGUUGUACUUUUACAAUUACUGACGUCGAUGGUUGGAUUGAUUCUACUACUUUCACUCUUACAUCCACACCAACCAGUGGAGUCGAAAAUUUUGCAAUGGUACCAGGAAAUAUCUUGAGUAACUAUAAAAUGAAUGCAAUUUUAAAUACAAUGAAAAGUUUGGAUUUCGAAACAAUAUCGGUUUAUACUCUUGGCAUUAUUGCAAAGGAUAGAGGAAAUAAUACAAGUAAUAAUUUAAUAACAGUGGUAAAAGUUAUAGAUCUUCCUGAUAUGCCACCAAUGUGGACCAAUCUCAUUGCGGCAAAAACCAUUUUUGAAAAAUCCAUUAACAAUUUCCAAGUAACAGCGAUUGACGGCGAUCACGAAAUUAAUGCAGCAAUUAAUUACAGAAUUGUAAAUUUAGAGUCAAAGCACGAUUUUUUUCAAGUAAAAAAAGAAACGGGGGAAAUUACAAUAAAGGAAAUCGAUCGUGAUGCUUUGAAACAAGAAAUUUUUAAAUUUAUUAUUAUAGCCUAUGAAGUUGACGACACUGAAUCGUCAAUUAAUAGUACCAUUGUAAUUGUAGUCAACGAUAUUAAUGAUCAUAGUCCUGAAAUAAAACCCUCGAUUCUUGCAAUUAAUAUUCUUGAGGAGACUUACAUGAAUCUUGAAUUUAACGAGACUAUUACAAUUGAGGAUCCCGAUCUUGCUGAAAAUGCUCAAUUCGAUGUGAAAUUGGAAAACGAAGGUGAUGUCAAUUGGAAAUCGGCGUUUAUAAUAAUUCCAAAUAGUGCUUAUCAGUUGGGAACAUUCACCAUUUCUGUUGUUAAUGCAUCGCUUUUGGAUUAUGAGGACGAGAAAUGGAGGAAUAUGAAAUUAAAAAUUGUAGCAACCGAGCGAGCAGAUGCAUCACACGUGGGAACAAGGGAUAUUGUAAUUAAUCUCAUAAACUGGAAUGACGAGUUACCGAUUUUUCAGAACGAUAAUGUGACAAUUAGCAUUAAAGAAGAUGUGGAACUUGACUAUUCUGUUGCCACUGUUUUUGCAAAGGAUCGAGAUUUCGAUGACAGUGUUACACAUUCGUUGGUGUCUAAUCGUGGGCUGAAAAUCAAUUCAGUAACUGGAGAAAUUAGUACCACUGAAAAAAAAUCUUUCGACUAUGAAGCAAUGCCAAUUGUACAUGUUCAAGUGGUGGCAACUGAUAAUGCAAAUCACAAAACUUUUGCUAGUUUGACGAUAAAUAUUAUUGACGUUAAUGAUAAGCAACCGUCAUUAUUUUUGCCUCAGGAGAAACCGUCACUACAAGAAGAAGUUUCCUUUGGGACGAAAGUGAUAACGAGUAUUUAUGCAAAAGACUUGGACACAGAGGCUGAGCUCAAAUUCAGUAUUGACUGGAAUUCAUCAACAGCUCAAAGAAGCAAUUCACUUGUCGAUGACAGAAAACUCUUUGAAAAGUGUUUGACUAUUGAAACAAAUUAUCGAAAUGGCAAGAAAGGAGAAGCUGAUGCUCAGCUAGUUGUCAAUGGUAGAAUCGACUACGAGGCAUUUGACACUCUAUUUUUGACGAUAGUUGUCACUGAUUUAACUACAGUACAUAACGCUGAUUUUAAUUCAGCGUCAUUAACUUUAUUAAUCACCGACAUAAACGACAAUGCACCAGAAUUUGGUGAAGUCGCUGAAAUGAAAAUUCAAGAAAAUCAAAAAUCGAAUAUUUUCAUUGGCAGAAUUACUGCCUAUGAUAUCGAUGGUCCCGGUAAUAAUGAUGUCACAUAUUCGCUGAAACCUGUUAAUGGCACAGCAGAUAAAUUGGUCCAGAUUGAUCCAAAAAAGGGUGACAUCAAAGUAGACAAAGAUGGUGCGAUUGAUGCUGAAAUUUAUGAAUUUUUAUCUUAUCAUGUCACUGCAACUGAUGGACUGCACAAUACAGUAUUGCCGAUUCAAAUUUACGUGAUUGAUGAAAACGAUGAAUAUCCUGCAGCUCUUGCUGAAAAAUUUCCAUCAGAAGUUCACAUUAAGGAAAGAUCAAAAACUGGCACAAAAAUUGUUCAAGUUUUCGCUCUCGACAAAGACAGAACAUCACCAUUCAAUAAUGUUUCUUAUUUAAUAAACUCGGACUAUCCUCAAUUAUUCCAAUACUUCAGUAUCGAUAAAUUCAAUGGCUGGCUGGAAGUUAAUUUAAUUGACGAUGCAAUUCUUGAUAGAGAUCGAGGACCAUCGAGUUAUACGGUUUAUUUGAAACUAAGAGAUAAUUUUAUCGAAGAACUAAGCUACAAUUCCAAUCUAAAUACAACAAUAGUAACUGUUGUACUUGAGGAUAUUAAUAAUCAAAUUCCGGAAUUACCAGAACUUCCAAUUCCUGCAAUGAGUGUUUCUGAAAAUACGAAUGAAGAUGCCCUACUGUUAACUAUUACAGCAGACGAUAAAGAUGAUCCAAAUACUGUUAACACAAAAGUUUUUUACGAAAUAAAAGAAAUAAUUCAAAUAAGUAAUCAUACAGUAACACCUCAAGAAAAUUGGCCUGUUUUAUUUAAGGUGAAAACAGUGAAUCAAAAAAAUGCCGAAAUAAGGACGAAUUGUCACUUAAAAGGUUACUAUGGAGUUUGGGGAGUGAAAUUAUACGUUCAAGAUUUAGGUGUUGAUCCUGGUCCUUUGAAUGAUACGAAAAUUUAUAAUAUUCAAAUAAAUGAUUACAAUUAUCAUGAUCCAGUGAUAAUUUAUCCUUCAGCGAAUAAAGCUAUUCGUCUAAGUCAGAUUCAAGAAAUAAAUUCGGAAUUAAAAACAUAUGACGGUGAAUUAUUGGAGAGUUUUACAGCUACCGAUGAAGAUUUUGGUGAAAGUGGUAAAGUGACUUUUUCCCUUUCGGGCAAUGAUGCUAAAAAUUUCCGGAUAAUUCCUCUUGAAAAUAAUCAGGCACAGUUACAACUUAUAACAAUUCCUGAUGUUAGCAAACAAAGGGUUUUCAAUCCAUUGGUCACUGUCACCGAUCAUGGACAGCCAAAGCAGAGAAGUAAAACUCAAACACAAAAAAUUAUUUUCGUUUCGACUAAUGGACCAGAAUUUGAACAGAAUACAUUUACAACUUGGUUUCAUGAGAAUACGACAGGCUUGAGUAAUUUUACAAUUAUUCCAGAGGCGAAGGAUUUAAUAAACGAAGGCAUCGAAGAAGAAUUGCCAGUGAAUGUUUUCUAUUUCUUAGAAAGUGAUGAAGGUGACAUGUCGUUUUUCUCUUUGAAUAAAGAAACGAGAAAUUUGACAUUAAAAAAAGAAUUGGAUCGUGAAGUGCAGGAGACGAUGAUACUUCGUGUGAUUGCAACGACGAAUCCCGAUGGACCAAAUUCAAAUCCUCGUGAGAAGGCAAUUUUGAAAAUUACAGUUAAUGUUGUCGAUGUAAAUGACAAUUCUCCAAUUUUCGUAAGUAAGACCUACUUUGGUGGAGUGGCUCUAGAAGAUGCCGUUGGAAAAGUAAUUUUAACAGUUAAUGCAACUGAUGCCGACUUCAAUGACACUUUAUCGUACAAAAUAAGGGAAAACAGUCUUUCAAUGUCAGACUCGUCCCUCGAAGGAAUUUCCGUACCAUUUCUUCUUAAAAUUUCCACCGGCGAAUUAUCAUUGGGCUUUAAACCCACGUCUUAUAUGACCGGUUAUUUCAGUAUGGACAUUCUUGUUAACGAUGAAGUUUCACAUGAAGAUUCAUCGCACGUGAAAAUUUACAUGAUUGCCAAGGACAAUCGAGUGGUAUUCACGUUUAGAAAUAAAUUAACAGUAUUGAACGAAUUAAAAUCGUAUAUAAUUAAGACAUUUAGUGAAAUUUUCGGUUACAUUUGUAACAUUGAUUACAUAGAGAAAAGUAUUACCGGUAGGGAUGUUUCAGAGGAUGUUACUUUAAUCACAACUCAUUUUAUAAAUGCCGAAACUAAUUUACCAGUUAGCGCAGACAAAAUAAUUUUAAAAGUGAAUAAUGUGGAAACAAUAAGCAAUCUUAGCAAUCAAUUAAAAGACAAAAAAUUAUUACUUGUUGAUGUGCCAACAUCCACGCAGUCAAAAAAUGACGAAGACAAUCACGACAUUGUUCAAUGGAUUCUUCUCUUUUUGACAACAUUUUUCUUUAUUGUGUCAAUUUCAUUACUGAUCGCAUACAUCGUCAGAGUCCGAGGCUUAACGGAAAAAUUGGAUAAAUUAGCGAUCACUAAUUAUGAUUCCCCUGAUCCUACGAUUGAAAAAAUUGCAGUUAUGCCGAAUGCGAAUAAAUUUGCCCUCGAAGGUUCGAAUCCAAUGUGGAAAACUGAAAAUCUCAAUGAAAUGGAAGAUAAUAUAAGUCACGGAAGUGGAGAUUCUGACUUAAUUGGAGUCGAAGAUAAUCCCGAUUUUGAUUAUGAAUCAAAACGAAAAAAUGAAAAUAUGGAAAAAAAACUCAAUCCUCUUGUGCUUCCUAAUUUUUCAACAAAUUUUUCUUAUGAAAAAUCAACACAAAAGGGAAAAUCAAUUAGUGAUGAAUAUACCUGUUAAUAUAGUGUCUCAAUUUUAAUAAUUUAAUAAAAUUAAUAAUUUAUAACUUUUGCUAAUUAACUAAUAAAAUAAAUUCUUACUGGUCGUA